AUGGUUGACUCCCUGGUCACACCACCGUCAUCGUCUACAGUAGGAAUCAAUCAAAUGAUCGGGACAGCCCAAACAAAUGAGAGCAACGAAUUGUGCUAUCUCGAUCCGAAAGUGAUGCACGCGAUGUCAAGAGACACCUCGACCGCAGUUCGUGCUCGUCAGCCUCCUCCCCAAGACGUCAUUUUAUUUGUAAUCGGUGGUGGCAACUACGUUGAGUACCAAAAUCUGGUAGAUUAUGGGAAGUCGAAAAAUUUACAGCGUGUUACAUACGGUUGCACGGAGCUGGUGAAUCCGAGACAGUUUACGGAUCAGGUGCGUAUUUUUUAUUUUUUUUUUGAAUGA